CCCUUUCUGUCUAUCUUUCUCUCUCUUUUUUCUCUCUCUCGUUCUUCAAUUUUUUUUUCCUUUUUUUUUUUCUUUUCUCUCUUUCAAGUCUUACGGAGAAGCCAUGAACUAAACCCAAACCCUCUCUUUAAAAACGGCGUAACGGGACUAUCCCCAAAAAACACCGUCAGAAAUCGACACGUGCGAGUCACGUGAUUUUUAAAACCCUCUUUUCCAUUAUGGUUUUGGAGGAACGAGUUCUGUUUAACGGCGAACACGACGGAGCCGUCAACGGAGCGCAGCCAGUUUCCGCGGCUCCAGACGGCGGAGAUGACGGCAAACCGACGGCGAGGCUGCCGCGGUGGACGCGGCAGGAGAUCUUGGUACUAAUUCAGGGAAAGACCGACGCCGAAACCAGGUUCCGACCGGGCCGGUCCGCCGUAGGUUCGCCGUCGAUCGGUUCGCCGGAGCCUAAGUGGCAGCUGGUAUCGUCGUACUGUAAGAAGCACGGCGUGAACCGCGAACCGGUUCAGUGCCGGAAACGGUGGAGCAACCUCGCCGGCGAUUACAAGAAGAUCAAGGAGUGGGAGUCUAGGGCAAGGGAUGAAACGGAGUCGUUUUGGGUUAUGAGGAACGAUAUGAGGAGGGAGAGAAAGUUACCGGGGUAUUUUGAUAAGGAGGUGUAUGAUAUACUUGACGCUGCGGUUUCUCCGGCGUUGGCGGUGAUUCCGGCGAGUUCUGCGACGGCGGCGAAGGUGGCGGAGGAAGUGGAAGGUGGUGAUGAUGCUGAGGUGCACAUUUAUGACAGUAAUAGGAGGGUGAGUGUUGGUGGUGGAGGUGAGGAUGGAUUAUUCUCUGAUUCUGAGAGGGACGAGGUUUUUGUUUCUGGGAAUAAGAAUGUUCCUCAUCCUGCUAUUCCUAUCUCAGCGGAGAAGCAGUAUCAACCACCCCUCCAAGGGGAAGGCAAUGCUCAAGAUGCUACUAAUGAGAAACAACCAGCUUCAAAUCCGGAUUCUACAUCUCAAGGAGAACGAAAGAGGAAGCGGUUUUCAGUUGAUUCGGAAGAAGAAACUCUGCAGAGUCAACUAAUUGAUGUGUUAGAAAAAAAUGGCAGGAUGCUGCGCGAUCAACUCGAGGCUCAGAACGUCAAUUUCCAAUUGGAUCGGCAACAGCAGAAAGACACAGCAAGUAACAUUGUUGCUGUGCUGGAUAAGCUUGCAGAUGCUUUAGGAAGAAUUGCGGAUAAACUAUGAUGCAACAAGUUCAGAACACUAGAGCAGUGUACAUAAAACACUUUUAGGUACCAGUGGUUUUCAUCAUUUAUCAAGAGUAGCUUCUAGAAGAAUAUGUGCAGCAUUUGCUUCCUCCAUUUUCUCCCCUUUUUUCUGCAUAUCUUUUGUGGUUGAUUACUAGCAUCCUAGGAUUUUAUAACACAUUUGAAAAAAUUGGAAAAAUUGGAAGUUACUGCAUUUAUUGUUUUUCAUAGAUUAGUAGUAUUUCAGCAGCCAAUAAUAGCGGUUGUACAGAUGAUGACACUAUUGAAGAUAUUUUCUUAGUUGUCUUUCAUUUUAUGCUGUUGAUUAUAUAUUGUGAAAGAGAUUAUGGUUCA